AGCCACCCAGCAAAACUUCAAUAACCCCCGCACUUCUUUCUGGACAUGGGUUGUUAUGAUUGCUGUAUCCGGUGCAUUGGGGCAGUGCCCUACCCAUCCCUGGUGGCCACUUUGCUGUGCUAUGCUGGCAUGGCAUUAUUUUGUGGCUGUGGGCACGAAGCGUUGACCCAGACCGAAGUCCUGGUCGAGACUUACUUCGCCCGCAACGUUCAGGAUUUUGCAGUCAUGGCCUCCUUUAUCAAAUACUUCCAGUACGUGAUCUACGGCCUGGCAUCAUUUUUCUUCCUCUAUGGUAUCCUGCUGCUGGCUGAGGGUUUCUACACCACGAGCGCCGUCAAGCAGACCUUUGGCGAAUUCAGGAGCACCCAAUGUGGGCGCUGCCUCAGCCUGACGUUCAUCAUAGUGACGUACAUCUUGGCCUUCAUCUGGCUGGCAGUGUUUGCCUUCACCGCUAUCCCAGUCUUCUUCCUGUUCAACAUGGAGCAGACCUGCCACAACAUCAACAUCCUGGCUGAAACAACCCCCAGCAUUAAUCAGCACGGCUGGAUUUGCAUGGACGCCAGGCAGUAUGGUCUGCUCCCUUGGAAUGCAAUGCCAGGCAAGGCUUGUGGAAUGACCUUGGCAUCUAUUUGCAAAGCCAGCGAAUUCUACGUCACCUAUGACUUGUACAUAGCUGCAUUUGCUGGUGCCGGGAUCACUCUCCUUGCACUGUUUCUGUAUAUGAUUGCCACCACCUACAACUAUGCAGUCUUGCGAUUUCUGGGCAGGAAAGGGAUCCGCUAAGUGCAACACGUCCAUCCCAUCCAAGCCCGUCCUCUGGCUAUGAGAAGGAAAGUCAACACGUGCAACACUAGGUUUCUGUUCAUCCUAUGAGAAACAGCAACUUCCAAACCUGGAUCACCUGCUAUAGUAUUUCUUUAGACGUGUCCAAUAACAGACAAAAGUUUCUCAGCACCUUUUUGUAUGAACAACAGACAGAUGAAGAUCACUCACACCCAGCAGCGAGCCCUGGUCUCCUCUUCAAAUCCUCUACUCCGAUGAUUCUCUUAACUAUGUUGUUCAUUUUCCUCUAGCAAGUUGUAUCCCCCAUUUUAUUCUUUUUGUGAAGCUUCAUUGGUGCUGAUGCUGUUGUCAGAUUGGGAUGUAUGACGUUCCAUGAAUAAUUAAGAGCAUUGACAGCUCGCCUCGCAAAUCAUAACUGCGUGCCCUCUGUUCAGUGUUUACUGAUGCAUAUGUUGGUUCUGAAUAUGAGUUUGCUGCUGCGUCAUUAUCACCAUCUUCUGUAUUAGUGUUGUGUGAACUAAAGCAAGUGAAGCUGAAUGUACCGGAGUUCUUUGCAACGGUAAGGUGUAUCUUCCCAUCUCCCUCUGUGCUUUCACUGACAGAGCAUGUACUUUGCAUUCAUUUAUAAUGCAUUUUUGCUUUGUUUAAAUGCCACCAUGUAAGAGGGCAUGGAGGGGUGGCAAAGACCUAUAUCCACUUUCCUGGAGCUUUUUUUGGUUACUGCUUAAAAUAAGCUGUUUUUGUGUUACUGAGGUGUUGAUGCUUCGAUAACGUGCCUCCAGGUGACUCGAGUUUGAUGUGUAGCCCUGCUUCUAGCUGAGCUGGGCGGCAUUGUGUGUGCUUAUUUUAAAUUAAGGCUGAUUAAACAUUUUAAUAGGCAAGAAUAUGUAAUUUUAUUUUAACCAUUUAUAAUA